AUGUUUGGAAAAGCGAACAAGGAGCCCAAACGGCAGGCAGUUGGCGAGGAUCUCGCUCAGGUCCUUCCAGAUGAUGGCCUGCCUUGGUACAAGAAACGCCAUCUCCUUGUCCUCAACUACUUUGCCGUCUCCAUGGCUCUGCUCUCUGCUGCCAACGGAUUCGACGGCUCAAUGAUGAACGGUCUACAGGCUCUGCCCCAAUGGCACACAUUCAUGAACAACCCAACCGGCGCCUGGCUGGGCUUCAUCAACGUCGCCCAGACUAUUAGCAGCGUCCUCUCCUACCCCGUGAUCGCCUGGUUCGCCAAUCGAUAUGGUCGGAAGCCUGGUCUCUUCAUCGGGUACUUCUUCCUUGUCCUUGGCGUCUUCCUCCAGGCCUUCUCCCCGAACCCUGCUGCGUUCAUCUUGGGCAGGUUCUUCCUCGGCCAGCCGUCCAGCUGGUGGGGAGGUAAUGCGCCCUUGCUGAUCACCGAGCUGGCCUUCCCAACCCACCGUGCAUUUCUCACGGCCCUUUGCCAGUGCGGUUGGUACGUCGGCUCCCUCGUCGCCGCCUGGGCCACCUACGGCACGCGCAACUACGACGGCUCCUGGGCGUGGCGCAUCCCGUCCAUCCUGCAAAUCGCUAUCCCCUGCGUCGUCUUGCCCGCUGCAUGCCUGAUCCCCGAGUCUCCUCGAUUCCUCGUCUCCGUCGGCCGCGUCUCCGAGGCACGCAAAAGCUUGACGCGUCUGCAUGCAGGUGGCGACGAGUCAUCGGCGCUCGUCGAGUUCGAGAUGGUCGAGAUGGAGAGAGCCAUCCAGGCCGACAGCGACCACCAAGCCAGUACCUCCUGGAUGGACCUGAUCCGCACACCUGGCAACCGCCGCCGCGCGUUCAUCACUGUGACCAUUGGCAUCUAUGCUCAGUGGAAUGGUGUCGGCGUCGUCUCAUACUACCUGGCUCUGGUCCUCCAGACCGUCGGUAUCACAUCGGUCACGGAUCAGACUUUGAUCAGUGGCUGCCUUCAGAUCUGGAACCUGAUCUUUGCCGUUGGCGCUGCAGCGAUGGUGGACCGCCUUGGCCGAAGAUUCUUGUGGCUUGCUAGUUCCAUAGGCAUGCUGGCCAGUUUCAUUCUGAUCUCAGGCUUAUCGGGUAGCUUUGCGACAACCCACACAGCCUCAGUAGGCAUUGCUGUUGUGCCGUUCCUGUUCAUCUACUAUGCGUUCUACGACAUCGCCUUCACGCCGUUGACCAUUGCCUACCCGGCCGAGAUCUGGCCUUACCACCUGCGUUCACGAGGCUUGGCCUUGUGCGGAAUCUCGACUUACAUCGCUGUCUCCUUCAACAUCUUUGUCAACCCUAUUGCGCUCGAAGCUAUCGGAUGGAAAUACUACGUCGUCUUUGCGGUCAUCCUCGUCUUUGUUGUUCUGACUAUCUACUUCUUUUACCCCGAAACCAAGGGACACACCCUGGAGGAAAUGGCAGUCGUGUUUGAUGGGGAGGAUGCUCCGGUCACGGGCCGGCAGGAACUGAAGAUUGUUGGGGACCGAGUCACCGACUCGCAACACGCCGAGAAAGUUUAA